AUGCGAAAAGUGAUUGCCCGCUUCGUGAAAUAUGCAUAUGUUAUUGUGGAAAAGCGUCAGCUGCACAUCUUCGUAUUGAUUCUGUUACAACUGUUGGGAGAUGGCUCAGCUAUGUGCAGUGAUGACGCUGAGUAUAUCGGGAACUUCCUAAUGGCGUUGAAGUUAUAUUUCCUCAUCUUUACCUUUUUAUUUUACUCCGUAACCGCUAAUGAGGAUGCAAAACGUUUAUACGAUGACUUGAUGGUGAAUUAUAACCGCCAUAGAAGACCAGCCAAUAGCCCUCAUGAGCCGGUAACCAUAAAACUAAAGCUGCGACUGAGUCAGAUUAUUGAUGUCCAUGAGAUCGAUCAGAUUAUGACAUGCUCUGUUUGGUUGAAGCAAGUGUGGAUGGAUAAGAAGCUCUCAUGGAAUCCAAAGAACUACGGAGGUGUCAGUGUGCUCUAUGUGCCGUAUGAAAUGAUCUGGGUCCCAGAUAUAGUUUUAUAUAAUAACGCGGAUAGUAACUACAAUAUAACCAUUUCCACAAAAGCCACUUUGCAUUACUCGGGACAAGUAACUUGGGAACCUCCUGCCAUCUUCAAAAGCAUGUGUCAAAUAGAUGUUCGAUGGUUCCCCUUCGAUGAACAGCAGUGUCAUUUAAAAUUUGGAUCAUGGACUUAUUCAGAAAAUUUAUUGAAUUUGGAACUGUUAGAGAACAAUGUGCGCUACAUUGAGGAAACGGAUGCCAAUGGAAUCACGGAUAAUAUAACAAUCGCUGAUGAAGGAAUUGAUCUCUCCGAUUACUACCCUUCUGUAGAAUGGGACAUUAUGUCACGUGUAGCUCGCAGACGUUCAAAAAAUUAUCCUAGCUGUUGCCCACAGAGUGCGUAUAUAGAUAUUAUGUAUUACCUGGAAUUACGGAGAAAGCCUCUGUUUUAUACGGUCAACUUGGUCUUUCCAUGUGUGGGAAUCUCAUUUUUAACCAUUCUUGUUUUCUAUUUACCUUCGGACUCUGGCGAAAAAGUUACUCUCUGUAUUUCGAUUCUUGUAGCUCUCACUAUCUUCUUUCUUCUUUUAACUGAAAUCAUACCAGCGACUUCUAUCACAUUACCUUUAAUUGGAAAAUAUUUACUGUUUACUAUGGUCAUGGUAACUUUAAGUGUGGUCGUUACCGUCAUAGCUUUGAAUCUUCACUUCCGAACUCCGACCACUCACCUCAUGCCAAAAUGGGUGAAGUUGGUGUUUUUGAAAUGGCUACCAAAAAUUCUUUUCAUGAGACGUCCGCUGGAUGAUUCUGAAGAAUCAUUCCGCAGAGUCAGUUCACGGCGUACAGGCGUAGAUGGCAAAAUACCUCUGAAUUACCAUGAACAUAGAGUGAGUCGAGAUGUCGGGAAAAACUUGGCCAACGCUGCUAUAGAUGAUCGGAUUCAGAAACUUUACUACUCCCCACAGGUAGUGAAAGCUUUUGAGAACAUAUGUUUCAUAGCUGAGUUACUCAAAAAGAAAGAUAGAGACGACAAGAUUGAUGAAGAUUGGAAAUAUGUUGCGAUGGUUUUGGACCGACUGUUUCUUCUCAUAUUCUCAUUAGCUUGCUUCAUUGGAACGGUUGUAAUCUUAUUACAGGCUCCUACACUUUAUGAUGAUCGGAAACCUAUCGACCUACAGUACAGACCGGCCAACUUAACAUCUCCACAAACAAUAUCAUAA